AAUUUAUAUAUAUGUAUUCCAGUCCUGGCCUGCAGAUUAAUUUAACCCGAAUAAGUCCUUUUCAUUCCAGUUGAGAAUUUGUAUUCAACUAAACAUUUUGGACUUUGCUAGUGUCUUAAUGUUUCUGAGUUUAUUUUUUUUUUUGGAGGUUGGUCUGAUAUGGCGCUCAAUCUCUCUACUACCUGUGAAAGCUGUAAGGAUGAAAAUGGCAGUCCACCACCACCAUCAUUCAAAGAGAUCAUCUCCACUCAUCCUACAGAAAAUGGGUGGAAAGUUUUCCAGCAUCUUUGUUUCUACCAAGGUUUUUGGUGCUUCCCUCUUCACCUCGAAGGAGCCAUGUUUGCUCAACACCAUUUCAAGGCUCAAGCUACUGAUGUUUUCUUGUGUAGUGCUCCCAAGACGGGAAACACUUGGCUUAAGGCCCUCAGUGUCGCAAUCGUCACUAGAAAUGAUAACUCCAACAACAAACUCUUGCUCAACAAGGUCCCCCAUGAGUGCAUCAUGUUCUUGGAAAAGGAUCUCAUCAAGAAUCCAACUGCUCAAUCCGAUGAAGGCAGGCUCCCUCUUGUGGCCACUCACCUGCCUUACACUGCUUUGCCUAAAUCCAUCCUCCAUUCAGGUUGUAAAAUGGUCUAUAUUUGCAGGGAUCCUAAAGAUGCAUUUGUUUCCUUGUGGCACUUUGCAAGGGGUAUAAAAAUCAACAACAACCCUGAUCUCCCCAUUGAUGUUGCCUUUGAGUUGUAUUCCCAAGGAAAAUCAAAUUUCGGUCCUUAUUGGGACCAUGUUUUGGGGUACUGGAAAGCAAGCCAAGAAAACCCAGAAAAGGUCCAUUUCAUGAGAUAUGAAAAUCUAUUGACAGACACCAUUUCUGAGGUGAAAAGGUUGGCUGAGUGCUUGGGGUACCCUUUCUCCUUCGAGGAAGAAAAACAAGGGUCAGUGGAGAAACUUGUCAACUUAUGCAGCUUACAAAAUCUGAGCAGCUUGGAGAUCAACAAGAAUGGGAAAUAUGGAGAUGCUGAAAGGGGAAUUAAUAACAAUGUUUACUUCCGAAAAGGGAAGAUCGGGGACUGGAUGAACUAUCUCACCUCUGAGAUGGGAGAGAAACUGGACAACAUCAUGGAAGAAAAGCUAAGUGGGUCAGGGUUCACAUUUCGUGAACCCAAUUAAACCACUAAAACCUGCUCCAGUUACUAGUUUUUUAUCUUGCACUCUUUAGGGUUUGAAUAAAUCUGAGCUUGCUGCUUGAAUAAUGGCUGCAAAUUUCGAGCAUUGCUUUUCUCUACCUGUUGAAAUUGCAGGGUUGCAUUUCAACGUGUUGUUUGAAGUUGCAAGGCAAGGGUUUUCAAGUUAUUUGUCAUUUUCGACAUGUUGAUAUUGCAGGUGUCGUAUGUUUUCUGUAUGAAUUGAUGAUUAAAUUAAUCCAUCUUCAACUUUUCAUAA